CCUUCAUCCAGCAGCACUACAGCCUCCUGCCUCCUCUCACACGCUCACACAAACCCCGCAGAUCGCAGCUCCUUGUCCGCUGCCCAACUUCUGCUCUUUUUGAAGUAAGUCUGUACUUCAGCCAACGUAAUACAUAUGUUUAAUGUUCUUGUGGGGAUGUGAGGCGACGUCAAGACGGCAGGAAGAAGCGGGCGCGAGGUUGUCGUGCACCUUGCCAAAGUGGACGGACUUGGAGCCAAAAAGUGAUGAAAACCAGCCAUCUUCUGGACGGACCAUGGCUGCCCAUCGAAUCGUCCGAAUGACAAGCAACAAUCACCUCCUCCCUCGCUGCAAGUCAGAAGGGACGCUCGUGGAACAAGAUGAGGGGGUGCCAACCAGCUUUACAGAAAUCAUAGCGCCUUCUCCGAGUGCCUUAAGACUGGGCAUGGCUUCCUCCUGUGAGGGCAUGCAAGAAGUAGUCGCCAUCAAGGAUUAUUGCUCGAGCAGCUUUACCACGCUGAAAUUUUCCAAAGGUGAUCACCUCUUUGUGCUGGACACUUCAGGUGGUGAGUGGUGGUAUGCACACAAUAACACGGAGAUGGGAUACAUCCCUGCUGCGUAUGUCCAAAUGCUCAACUUCAGGAAUUGUUCGCUCAGCAACAGUGGAACGAUUGACAGACUUGGGGAGGAGGACAGUCCGAAGGAGUUUGAGGAGUUAGGAGAGUGGAAAGGGGGGUCUUUUAAACCCUCACUGGCUAUCAACAAUCGUCCCUUGUCUUGUAAACCUCUACUGUGUUCGUUGGAUCAGAAUUGCAAACAAGCAAGUGUAACAAACUCAUCUGAUUCCAUUAUUUUAAACACACUUGCAUGUCCUACAGACUUCAACUUGGACACCAAUAAUAUCAAGUUUAAUGGUUCUCCCACCCAAGAGACUGUGCAACAUCUACACAGGGAUGACGCCUUUUUUAGGAGUAAACGUUCCCAGAGUCUUUCCCAACUCACUGUUUUACAAGAGCAAUCGAAUCCAAAUAUGUCUGCUUGUUUCUUCAAGGGCCUAAAAGCCCCAUCACCGGAGCAGUUUCAGAGCAGAGAGGACUUCAGAGCGGCGUGGCUCAAACACCGAAAAUUGACCAGGUCUUGCCAUGACUUGGAAUCCCUAGGUCAGAGUCCCGGGUGGGGUCAGACUCAGCCGAUUGAGACGAGCAUCGUGUGUAGCUUGGACUGCAGUGGAGGUGUAGUUCAGCUCCCAGACACCCACAUCACCAUGCACGUUCCAGAAGGUCAUGUCAGCCAAGGCGACUAUCAGCAGAUUUCCAUGAAAGCCUUAUUGGAUCCUCCCCGGGAGCUCAAUAGUGACUGUCGCUCCACUGUCAGCCCAGUGGUGGAGAUCAAACUCAGCAACAUGAAUACCAAGUCUUUUGUCACCUUGGAAAUGAACGUUUCAAUGACACUAAAGACCGAGAGCAGCCCCUGUGAAGUGAUGUGUGUUCGGAGUGACUGCAAAGACGGACCUUACACACCCAUUACCGAUUGUUACGUUUAUAAAGACAUGGUUCAAGUGCGUCUUGACUGUCAUGAGCCGUGCAUGUAUGUGGCGGUUGUGGUUCAGUCCCUGUACAUCAGUCACAACACAAUCAUGUGGGACCAUGUGGAGAGGAAGGUAACACUUGCUGUUUAUGGACCCAAGCAUAUUCAUCCCUCCUUCAAGACCGUUGUGGCCAUGUUUGGGCAUGACUGUGCCCCCAAGACUUUACUGAUGAGCGAGGUGUUUCAGUCAGCUUGCUCCACCCCUCCAGUCACCCUCCAUUUAUGGGGAAAGCAUCAGUUUUUCCUGCGGUUCCCCCAGGACAUACAAGUGGGGUUGUACCCUAAUACAUCCAACUAUCAGGUGAAAGUGAAUGAGGGUGGUGGGAUAAUCCAGGGAUUUCAUCUCAAACUGGGCAAGGUCAGCCGGCUAAUCUAUGCAAUGUCAUCGCACAAUCCCAAUAACAUCUCAGACUUCACGCUCAGGGUCCAAAUCAAGGACAUGUUGGAUUGUAUUCUAACCCAGUUCUGUAUCCAAACUCCGCAACCACCUCCAAAGUCGGAAGCCAGGAUGCCAGGAGAAAGGAGGUUUUUAAAAAAGAAAGAGAUGGACAAGAUCAUCCUGUCACCACUGGCUGUCAUCUCCAAGUAUCCCAAAUUUCAGGAUCGCUGUAUUACCAGCAUAAAAUUUGGCAAGUUAAUUAAAACGGUAAUUCGGCAGCACAAGAGCAACUACCUGCUGGAGUAUAAGAAGGGCGACGUGAUUGCGCUGCUCAGUGAGGAAAAAAUUAAGCUAAGAGGGCAGCUGCGCACCAAAGAGUGGUACAUCGGAUACUAUCAAGGCAAGAUGGGGCUGGUCCACGCCAAGAACGUUUUAGUUCUAGGCAAGGUCAAACCCAUUUAUUGGUGUGGGCCAGACCUGACCACAAUGACUCUGUUGGAUCAAAUCCUUAAGCCUUGCAAAUUUCUUACGUAUAUCUACGCCACUGUGAGGACAGUUCUCAUGGAGAACGUGGUGAAUUGGAGGGCGUUUGCCGAGGCGCUGGGCUACGGGAACUUGCCGCUCAAUUACUUCUGCCGGACUGAGCUGGACAAUGAACCGGAGAAGGUGGCUUGUGUUCUGGAAAAACUCAAAGAAGAAUGUACCAACAUUGAGAACAAGGAGAGGAAGUCAUUUCAAAGGGAGCUCAUGAUGGCUUUGCUGAAGAUGGACUGCCAGGGUCUGGUUGCCAGAUUGAUUUUGGACUUUGUGCUGCUAACCACGGCAGUGGAGGUGGCGUCCCGCUGGAGGGAACUUGCAGAGAAAUUGGCCCGAGUGUCCAGGCAGCAGAUGGAGGCUUACGAGGCACCUCACCGUGACAAAAACGGUGUGUUGGACAACGAGUCUAUGUGGAAACCAGCCUACGACUUCCUGCUGACUUGGGCAGCGCACAUCGGGGACAGCUAUCGUGAUGUGCUCCAGGAGCUCCACGUGGGCUUGGACAAGAUGAGGAACCCGAUCACAAAGAGGUGGAAGCACCUGACCGGCACGCUCAUCCUCGUCAACUGCCUUGACAUCCUCCGCAGCGCCGCCUUCUGUCCCACUGGCUAUGGUGACUUUGCUGUGUAAUGUUUGGUUUCAUCAUCCAGGGCGAGUCAAGUGUUUGCAACACUCUACCCGUGAAGCUAUAGCGCUCACUGGGGCUCUUCUGCCAGUCCAGAACGUACAGUAUCCCUUUUGCUCUAGGAGUGGCACAGAAGUUAAUGCUGGUGCCUCACAAUAGGAAGGUCCUGGGUUUGGCUCAGGGUCUUUCUGUGCGGAGUUUGCAUGUUCUCCCCGUGACUGCGUGGGUUCCCUCUGGGUACUCCGGCUUCCUCCCACCUCCAAAGACAUGCACCUGGGGAUAGGUUGAAUGGCAACUCUCAAUUGGCCCUCGAGUGUUUGCCCUGCGAUGAGGUGGCGACUUGUCCAGUCUGUAGCCUGCCUUCUGCCCGACUGCAGAUGGGAUAGGCUCUGAGAUAGACGAGCAGUAGAAAAUGGAUGGAUGGACUAGGAGAACUCUGGGGGCUUGCGUGACAGGUAUUCUUUUGACGGACCCAGCCCCCAGAGUGCUGGGUCCGUCAAAAGAAUACCUGUCACGCAAGCUCUGCGUGUCGUAAAGGCAACUAAAGGAAGACAUGAGGGUCAACAUAGAGCUGGAUGCUGUCAGGUGGCGCUGACAGGGUCAAUAAAACACCAUAUUCCUAGUGAAGUCUUGUGGUAAAGGCCAUUUCUGACCGCCUUUCAACUCAGUCAGCUUUGCCUUGCAUUCGGCAACAGUGAUGCAGGACGGGAGUCUGACAGACGAUCUAAACUUCGGCAGACUUCGACUUUGUGACAGCCGUUCUGGUGAUCCCGUCAAUGACCAUCACACUGCAGUUUGCAUGUUCUUCCCGUGACUGUGUGGGUUCCCACCGGGUACUCCGGCUUCCUCCCACCUCCAAAGACAUACACCUGAGGAUAGGUUGAUUGGCAACACUCGACUGGCCCUCGAGUGUGAAUGUUGUCUAUCAGUGUUGGCCCUGUGAUGAGGUGGCGACUUGUCCAGUGUGUAGCCUGCCUUCCGCCUGAAUGCAGCUGGGAUAGGCACCAGCCACGCCUGCGGCUCCGUGAUGGACAAGAGACAGAAGAUUGAUGGAUGGACUAGGAGCACUCUGGGGGCUUGCGUGGUAGGUACUCUUUUGACAAACCCAUCACCCAGAGUGCUGGGUCCGUCAAAAGAAUACCUGCCACGCAAGUUCUGCGUCUCGUAAAGGCAACUAAAGGAAGACUAUAGGGUAAACAUAGAGCUGGAUGCUGUCAGGUGGCGCUGACAGAGUCAAUAAAAAAACAUAUUCCCAGUAAAGUCUUGUGGUAAAGGCAAUUUCUGACCGUCUUUGAAGUCAGCCUUGCAUUAUGCAGCAGUGAUGCAGGACCGGAGUCUGACGGACGACCUAAACUCCGGCAGACUUCGACUUUGUGACGGCCGUUCUGGUGAUACCGUCAAUGGCCAUCACACUGCGGUAUGGAACGCAACGGAGAACGGCAUCUGUAGACGUAUCCCCAAAACCAAUCAUGGAAAAUUUUCACAAACGUUUGUCGCCGGUGAUAUGACUCUUGGAGACAGGCUGUAGUUCUUGUUCAUGUUCUGCAAUUUAGAAAUGAUCCAAACCAGAAUAAGUAACAAACCACAUGGACUCACAUUUACCCAGGAUACAAACCUCUGUCCAUCGUGAACUCUGAAUAGGCUGUCCAUUGUCCAUCGCAACUGCAAAAUUGCUAUGUGAUUCUGUACCUCUUAUUUUUAUAUCAAUAAAUAACAACUUGGAACUAUGACAACUGUGUGAUGACACGGGACAACGUCAACUUUAUAGUUGAGUCUCCAAAAGGAAAAAUGCCCCAGCUCUGCUUUUCUGAAAGACCUCAGCAGUCUCAACCCUUUUUGAAAAGUACCACCACAAUAACAUAUUUUGAUUGUGCUUUUAAUUGUUUUUAAACAUGUUGUUUUUGCGGUGAUUUCAGUUGUGAUACCUGAUCCACUACUCCCUUUCAGAGUAAUCAACUGUCAGAUGAGACACAAAGAUGAUUCUAGAUACUCAACCUCUAUAUUAUUGUUAUUUUUUGUUUUUCCAGAUGAAGCCAAUUAGCUUCACCUUUCAAAGCCAGACGACGGCAGUCUCCAUUUGUAUAGAAUAGAAAGUAGUUUAUUGAUCCCUGGGGGAAAUUCAGCACCACAGUUUGCUCACAAUGAACAAUAAG